AUGGUUGUGAAGGCUUGUUUCUAUCAUCCUGUUGUGCACCCAGGCCUGCUCCUCCUCAGCUUCCUUGUCCUCGCCGACGCUGACACGCCACCCAGAUUCACGCGGACCCCAGAAGACCAGACAGGAGUCCAGGGGGGAGUGGCUUCCUUUGUGUGCCAGGCCGCAGGCGAUCCACAGCCCAAGAUCGUCUGGAACAAGAAGGGGAAAAAAGUCAGCAAUCAGAGAUUUGAGGUGAUAGAGUUUGACGAUGGGUCCGGCUCGGUCCUAAGGAUCCAGCCGCUCAGAACUCCCAGAGAUGAGGCGAUCUAUGAAUGCCACGCCUCCAACUCAGCCGGCGAGAUCACCGCCUCCACCCGACUCAGUGUGUUAAGAGAGGACCAGCUGCCCCCAGGGUUCCCCACCAUUGACAUGGGCCCCCAGCUCAAAGUGGUGGAGCGCUCUCGGACUGCCACAAUGCUCUGCGCCGCGAGCGGCAACCCUGACCCAGAAAUUACCUGGUUCAAGGAUUUCCUGCCCGUUAACACGUCCAAUAACAACGGACGGAUCAAGCAGCUCCGCUCAGGUGGCACGCCCAUACGAGGCGCCCUCCAAAUAGAGAUGAGUGAGGAGUCCGACCAGGGGAAGUAUGAGUGUGUUGCCACCAACAGCGAUGGAACACGCUACUCAACCCCAGCUAACCUGUAUGUCAGAGUGCGUCGCGUCCCCCCUCGCUUCUCGAUCCCCCCGUCCGACAGCGAAAUCAUGCCGGGGGGCAACGUCAACAUCACCUGCGUGGCGGUGGGCUCGCCCAUGCCCUACGUGAAGUGGAUGCUGGGAGCCGAGGACCUGACGCCCGAGGACGACAUGCCCAUUGGCCGCAACGUGCUGGAGCUGACCGACGUGCGCCAGUCCAACAAUUACACCUGCGUGGCCAUGUCGACGCUGGGCGUGAUCGAGGCCAUGGCACAGAUCAUCGUGAAAGCUCUGCCAAAGCCUCCUGGCGCCCCUGUGGUGACAGAGAGGACUGCAACAAGCAUCACUCUCACCUGGGAUUCGGGAAACCCUGAGCCUGUGACCUACUACAUCAUUCAGCAUCGGGCCAAAGGCUCCGAGGACCCCUAUAAAGAGAUUGAUGGCAUAGCCACAACGCGCUACAGUGUGGGGGGCCUCAGCCCUUACUCCCACUACGACUUUCGGGUGGCGGCUGUAAACACCAUCGGCCAGGGCCCCUCCAGCGAUGUGGUGGAGGCGCGGACAGCUGAGCAGGCCCCCUCCUCGCCUCCUCGACAGGUCAUAGGUCGGAUGCUGAGCGCCACAACAGCGAUGAUCCACUGGGAUGAGCCAGAGGAACCUAACGGACAGGUGGUUGGUUACAGAGUUUACUACACCUCUGACAACACGCUGCCAGUCAACCAGUGGGAAAAACAGAUGGUUCGGAGUGCCAACUUCAUCACCAUCCAGGACCUGACCCCUAACAAGACUUAUUACAUCAGAGUGCUGGCCUUCACCUCUGUGGGAGACGGACCCUUGUCCCAGGACCUGCAGAUUAUAGCCAAAACCGGAGUUCCGGCCCAACCAUCAGAAUUUAAGGGCGAGGCCAAGUCAGAGACCAGUAUCCUGCUGUCCUGGGUGGCCCCAUCCAUCCAGGGUGGCCCGGACAGCCAGAUCACAGGGUACGAACUGGUCUACCGAAGGCUGGACGACACAGAGGAGAGGAAAGUGAGCUUUGAGCCAACAGCCUCCUACCUCUUGAAGAACCUGAAACCCUUCUCGACAUACACCUUCCAACUAGCAGCCAAGAGUAAAAACGGAAUUGGAGCAUAUACCAAUGAAGUGUCCAUUGACACUCCACAAACGCUUCCCUCAGCACCUCCCCAGGACAUCACGUGCACCAGUCCCAGUUCUACCAGUGUCCUGGUAAGUUGGGCCCCGCCCCCCCUGGAGUUUCAGAACGGCAUCAUAACGGGCUACUCCAUCCAAUACUCAACAACAGAGGGAAACAAAACGUCAAAAAGAUUUGAUGGAAUUCCUCCAGAAGGUUCUUCAUACCUCCUGGAAAACCUUGAGAAAUGGACUGAGUAUGGCAUAACGGUGCGAGCGCGCACGAAGGCUGGGGACGGACCGGAAAGCUUACAGCUGCUAAUCCGCACAGAGGAAGAUGUUCCAAGUGGUCCUCCACGAGGAGUUGAAGCAGAGACUGUGAACGCCUCGGCCGUUAGGGUGAAAUGGCGGGCACCGGCACCCCAUCUGCAGCACGGUCAGGUCAGAGGCUACCAAAUCCAUUAUGUGCGGAUGAACUAUGGAGAACCUCAGGGCCAGCCCUUUAUCAAGGACAUCCUCAUCGAUGACUCCCAGUGGGAAUAUGGUGACUCAACGGAGUAUGAGGUGGUGCUGGGAGACCUAAAGGCUGACACUGCCUACUCCGUGUCGGUGGGAGCUUACACAGCUAAGGGUGACGGUGCUCGCAGCAAACCCAUAACCGUGUGCUCUGCCCUGCCUCUGCCUGAGAAACCCAAACUGAUGGCCAGUGCCACGGAUUCAGGCACUGCUCUGCUCCAGUGGUACCCCCCGCCCAACCCGCCCACUCCACUCUUGGGUUAUCGCCUCACUUUCGGCCGACUUGAUGUCCUUCCCUUUACAGUGGUAGAGUUCCCCACCAAGGAAACCCGUUACACAGCUCAGGAUAUCCAUAAGGGAGCCAACUAUGUGUUCAGACUCUCAGCCAGAAACAAAAUGGGCUAUGGCGAAGAGGCUGUGCGGGAGGUGACCACUCCAGAGGACGCCCCAAGUGGAUACCCAGAGAGCGUUGUCUCGGAGGAGGCCUUUGCCAACUCGCUCCAGCUGGCGUGGAAAUCAGUCCCGCUAAUUGAGCAAAAUGGGAAAAUUGUGAAGUACUCUGUGCUCUACAAGGACAUAAACAGCCGAGGAAACGCCUCGGAGGUUGUGGUGCCCGCUCCGGGGUCCAGUGUUUUGCUGGAAGGGCUGAGUGCCGAUACUGUGUAUGAUGUCAGGGUGUGUGCGUUCACAGCUGUCGGCCGCGGGCCGUACAGCCCCGGUGUCCAGUUUAGAACGCAGCGCCUAGAUCAAGUAUUUGCCACCAACUUCAGGGUAAAGGCGGCCAUGAAGAACUCUGUUCUGCUCUCUUGGGAGAUCCGAGACAAGAACCCCACCCAGCCAUUCACAAUCCUCUACGGGAAGGGUCAGUCUGUGGAAGUUGAUGGCAAGCAGACGCAGAAGCUAAUCACCGGUUUGGAUCCGGACACCCAGUACUCCUUUCUGCUCACCAACCGCGCCAACAGCGCCGGCGGCCUGCAGCACCGGGUCACCGCCACCACGGCUCCAGACAUCCUGAAAACCAAACCCACUGUUGUGGGAAAGACCAACGCAGACGGCAUGGUGACCGUGCAGCUUCCAGCUGUGCAGACCACGGCAAAAGUCAGGGGCUACUACGUGGUGGUGGUGCCACUGAAGAGGCAGAGAGGAGGAAAGUUCCAGAAUCCCUGGGAAGAGCCAGAUCAGAUGAACCUGGAUGAGCUCCUCAAGGAGAUCAACAAGACCGGCAUCAGCCGCGGCCUUCGCAUCCGCCGGCAGGCCGCCCAGUCAGAUCCGAGGGCCUAUGUCACGGCUCAGUUCAAAACGCUCCCCCAGGAAUUCACGCUCGGUGACGGCCGAAGCCACGGCGAUUUCCGUAACCGCCCCCUGCAGAACGGGCAGGAGUAUGUCUUCUUUGUCCUCGCUCUCCUGGACCUCUCUGAAAACACGAUGUUCUCGACCAGCCCUUACUCUGAUCCGGUGACCUCAUCUGACGUGGAUCCUCAGCCAAUUGUUGACGAGGAGGAGGGGCUGCUGUGGGUGGUGGGACCGGUGCUGGCGGUGAUCUUCAUUGUCUGCAUCGUCAUCGCAAUUCUCCUCUUCAAGAGCAAACCUGACAGGAAAAGGGCCGAGGCUGAGGGGAGGAAGGGCAGUUUUCCCUGCAGCAAGGCCAUGUCCUCCCACCACCCCACUGAUCCCGUGGAGCUGCGCAGGAUCAACUUCCAAACUCCAGGCAUGGCCAGUCACCCACCCGUCCCCAUCUCUGAGCUGGCCGACCACAUUGAGCGCCUCAAGGCAAACGACAAUCUCAAGUUCUCUCAAGAGUAUGAGUCCGUUGACCCUGGUCAGCAGUUCACAUGGGAGAACUCCAACUUGGAGGUCAACAAACCAAAGAACCGCUACGCUAACGUAAUUGCCUAUGACCACUCAAGGGUCAUACUCUCCAGCAUUGAAGGCGUCCCUGGCAGUGACUACAUUAAUGCAAAUUACAUUGACGGCUACCGCCGUCAGAAUGCCUAUAUUGCCACUCAGGGCUCCCUGCCUGAGACCUUCGGGGACUUCUGGAGGAUGGUCUGGGAGCAACACACAGCCAACAUCAUCAUGAUGACCAAGCUAGAGGAAAAGUCACGGGUGAAGUGCGAUCAGUACUGGCCCACGCGGGGCACAGAGACCUACGGCCUCAUUCAGGUCACUCUGCUGGACACGGUGGAGCUGGCCACCUACUCCGUCAGGACCUUUGCUCUUUACAAGAGUGGCUCCAACGAGAAACGUGAGGUCCGUCACUUCCAGUUCACAGCCUGGCCGGACCACGGGGUGCCUGAACACCCCACGCCAUUCCUGGCCUUCCUUCGCCGGGUCAAGGCCUGCAACCCUCCUGAUGCAGGACCCAUGGUUGUCCACUGCAGCGCCGGAGUGGGUCGCACCGGCUGCUUCAUCGUGAUCGACGCCAUGACGGAGCGCAUCAAGCACGAGAAGGCCGUGGACAUCUACGGCCACGUCACGCUGAUGCGCUCCCAGCGGAACUACAUGGUCCAGACAGAGGACCAGUACAUCUUCAUCCAUGACUCGCUGCUGGAGGCCGUGACCUGCGGGAACACCGAGGUCCCCGCCAGGAACCUCUACUCCUACAUCCAGAGGCUAACGCAGAUCGAGCCUGGGGAGAACGUCACCGGCAUGGAGCUGGAGUUCAAGCGUCUGGCCAGUGCCAAGGCUCACACAUCACGGUUUGUGAGUGCCAAUCUGCCAUGCAACAAGUUCAAGAACCGGCUGGUGAACAUAAUGCCCUACGAGACCACCCGCGUGUGUCUGCAGCCAAUCAGAGGGGUGGAGGGAUCAGACUAUAUAAACGCCAGCUUCAUCGACGGAUACAGGCAGCAAAGGGCCUACAUAGCAACUCAAGGCCCACUGGCUGAGACCACAGAGGACUUCUGGAGAAUGCUGUGGGAGCACAACUCCACCAUAGUCGUCAUGCUAACCAAGCUGAGAGAAAUGGGACGGGAGAAGUGUCACCAGUACUGGCCCGCAGAGCGCUCGGCCAGAUACCAGUACUUUGUGGUGGAUCCCAUGGCGGAGUACAACAUGCCCCAGUACAUCCUCAGAGAGUUCAAAGUGACCGAUGCCAGGGAUGGCCAGUCCCGGACAGUGCGUCAGUUCCAGUUCACCGACUGGCCAGAGCAAGGAGUGCCAAAGUCAGGGGAGGGAUUUAUAGAUUUUAUUGGCCAGGUUCACAAAACUAAAGAGCAGUUUGGCCAGGAUGGACCAAUCAGCGUCCAUUGCAGUGCCGGAGUGGGCAGGACCGGCGUCUUCAUCACCCUCAGCAUCGUGCUGGAACGGAUGAGGUACGAGGGCGUGGUGGACAUCUUCCAGACGGUCAAGAUGCUGCGCACUCAGAGACCCGCCACCGUUCAGACAGAGGACCAGUACCAGUUCUGCUACAGGGCCAGUCUGGAGUACCUGGGGAGCUUCGACCACUAUGCAACAUAAGACCCCGUUGCCGUCUGUCAUGCCACACACAACCUAGUGCCCCCUUUUGUAGUGUCGCACGGUUACCCGAGUUAAUGCACUAGGCUGCGAUGUGUCCGUGAAGAUUUUGCCACCACACGCAGAGUGGAGGGGGGGGGGAACCGUCCGCCCCCUCCCCACCCCAGAAACAGCACCUCUAACUGAGCCAUACCAAACCUGCUUGACAAGGGUGUUAAGCUUCCACCCUCCCGCCCAAAACACACCCGCCGCUCAGUCUGGAGACGCAACUUCAAGCAUUGUUCCAAUCAGAAUACUUGAUCAAAUAUACAGUGUUUUCUUAUUUCUUUCUUCUUCUUUUUUUUUUGCUUUUGUGAGCACCCGGAUUGCUUUGGGUGGGUUAGGUGUGGAACUCUCACCUCCAGUGUAGCAUCACCAAACUAAAUGCAGGACCAAGCUACAGCAAGUUUUUUUUUCUUUUUAUAUCACGAGGAGCAUCCAGAGGGAGAGUCUACAAAUCCAGCUCACAAAAAGAGGGGGGGAGUGGUUGUGUUCAUAGACUGGAGAAAGAAAGAAAAAACAGACUUUUAAGUACCGUGGAAUUGCCAACAGGAGACCGAGACACAGACAGAGCACUCAGUAUGGAAAAGACUGCUCGCGUUGAAAGAAAAAGAAGCACCCACGUUACGUUUGUUUUUUGUAUCCUUUCUUAUUUUUCUUUUUUUUUCUUUUUUCGGAAACAGACUUUGGUUUUCCGCGAAUGAAAAACAAACCUACCACACAGUAACAGAACACCACCGGUUCAACCUUAUGCUCCACGGCUUACGAAUAAGGGAAGUACACCAGAGGCUCCAGCCACAAAGUUAAACAGGAAUCUAGUUUUUUAGAAAUAUAUAUGACUUUUUUUGUUUUUGUUUUGUUUUGGAAUGGGUAUUUCCCAUGACUCGUUAUGUUUUUUUUAUUUUUAGAAGGUUACAAGGUUUCGACCCUUCUUGGAGACAGAGCAAGGUUGUGUUUUUAUGUCUUUUUCUGUGUAAGCCAAUGAGCUGUAGCCAUUUUUUUAAGAAGUGAUUUUAAGAGUACAAUCAGUUCUCUGGUGUGCAAAAUGUUCACAAAAAGAAAAGACAAGCACACAUACACACAGGAAAGACAAAACAAACAAAAAAAACAACUACCACAGAGUGUUACUCUCUUGUAUUGUCCUCCCACUCUCUUUGUGACACGCGCACGUGGCCGGGCGCACGGAGGCAGCAACCACCCCGACAAGUGUUGUCCUGCUUGUGCGCGGGCGUCAGGCAGAAGCAGGAGGCCAGGGCCGGAAAAGGAAGACGGCUUUGAAACAUGG